AUGACGACAGAACAACUCUCACCUGAUAUGACAGAUACAUCUGCUCCUGCACCAGCAGCAGCACCAGAGGCAGUCGCAACUUCAGCUUCAGCAGUAUCCGGGUCAGUCGGGCCAGGUCUACCGCCCAAGAAACGCCGUCGUCCAGCCCUGUCAUGCGAGCAAUGUCGUCGUCGCAAGAUUCGCUGCGACAGGAACCUACCCUGCAACCACUGCGUCAAGUCUGGCGCCGGGACCGCAUGUCGCUACAUCCCCACGCACACGCCUCUUUCACGGAAAAAGACGACAAAGUCUACUCUUGGGAGGAAGAAGAAGGACUCCAAAGCGCCUGACGUGCCUGUCCCUAGACACAUCGAUUCCUAUCAGCAGCGGCAGCAGCGCCCAUUGACCAUCUUACCUACUCCGGAGAGUAAUAAGUAUGACCAUGGCAGGGACAGUGACGACCAAGAGAGUCAUGAUAACAAGAUGGCCAGUACCGAAAAUGUCGAUUGGCUGGUCACCCAUAUCGAGGAGCGAAUGUCCAGGACCGCAACCAUCGACAAGAGGGAGAUUACCGUCCAGAAGCAUCUGCGUGACCGACAAGCACAGUCGCAUUCACUGCAGUCUCAUCCAUCUCCGUCGCAGCCGCAGCCGCAGACCGGGUCGUCGCUCGCAUCAGCCCCGACACCUGGGCUUUCGUCGACGGCGUCAGCUGCCAAGUGCCCCGUUUCGAGGAUUAAGUAUCUCGGCCGGAGUCACUGGAUGCACGGUGUUGGACUCUUCACCCAAGAAAUGAGACUGAUGCACCCUUCGGGCGAUGGCGAUCCAGAGCUCCUCAGCCUCCUUGGCCGCUGCAAGUCAGUCGGUCGCAAGGUCAAGGAGCGGCGACAGGCGCCGCUGUCGUCGAUAGAUCUCGGAAAGACCAUGGUCCCCCGACAUGUGGCCGACGACCUGGUGGAGGCAUACCUGCGCACCUUUGAAGGUGUGUUCCGCAUCGUCCACGUUCCGACCUUUCGGGAGCUGUACCAGAUGUACUGGCGCAGCGAGAAUGACGAGAGCGCGAGACCAGCGACGUGCGCCCACUUCAUCAUGCAGUUACAGCUGGUCAUGGCUCUGGGCAGCGUGAUCCACGAUGCGGGAUUCUCGCUGAGGUCCCAGGCGGCUCGGUGGGUAUACGAGGCUCAGCUGUGGCUCAUCCUGCCCCCGGGAAAGGACCGUAUGACCAUUCCCGGCAUCCAAAACAUGUGCCUCCUCACCCUGGCCCGCAGCGUGUGCGGCGUGGACCAGGACCUGGCUUGGAUCACGGCCGGAGACCUGAUCCGGAAGGCAAUAUGCAUGGGUCUGCAUCGGGACCCUCGCCACCUGGGCAUUAAGACGAGGCAUCGCGCAGAGAUGAGGCGCAGGCUGUGGGCCACAAUCGUGGAGCUCAACCUCCAAUCGGCCUUUGAUGCCGGAGGUCCCCCCCUCAUGGGCGGCCUCGACAACGACGUCCAACUUCCCGGCAACUUUGACGACGAGGAGCUGUCUGACCAAGUGCCUGAUGAUGAAGAGAGCCGGGUGGAUUCUCGCAGGAGAAGCGGAGAUGGCGGCAGCAAGGAUCAUGGUGCCCAUGGAAGCACUUCCGGCGUCAGGGUCACGCAGAUGUCUGUCCCACUGCAGCUCCUCGAGUCGCUGCCCCUCCGUCUGCGCCUGCUGCAGCACGUCAACGACUUCCGCGCCGACGACUCGUACGACGAGACUCUCCGGUUCAACUCGGAGCUCACUAGGGCUUGCCGUCGCAUCUCGCGGUGUAUGGUUGAGCUCCUGCAUGCCUCGUCUUCGGCCUCUGCUGCCACCUCCUCGACGUCACCUUCCUCAAUCUCGCUCUCUUCGUCGCCCUCCUCCCCCUCCCAUCCUGUCAGAGAGUUCCACACGGCAGUGGCCGAGCUCCUAGUGUACCGGUGCUUCCACACUCUGCACCAGCCCAUCAUCGUCCGAUCAUUGGAGGAUCCCAAGUUUCACUUCUCACGCAAGAUGCACCUCGACGGGGCUCUCAAGAUGAUGCAUCUCUGCCGACUGUCCGGGCCCCGACGGGAAGAGGGACCUGGAGGUCAGGUGGCUCCCGGGACUACGGACCUCGACAGACUUCUGGUCAACGGGGCGGGCAUGUUCCGCAACAUGACGAUCCAGUCGGUUCCCGGGCUCGUCAUCGAACUCUUGCAGGCAGCUACCACCACCGUACCCGACGGCGGGGACAGAAACAGGAGCGGUGCGCCGUCUUCCCAGUCCUGUCCUAGCACCGGCGCCCACGCCCUGUCACUAGGAUAUCUCCCCGCCGUGGAUGACUUCGACCUGCGCGCCACGGUCGAGGCAUGCCUCCGGCUCUGCCUACGACGCAUCGAGGCCGGCGAGACCAAUAUCAAGUGCGCCGAGUUCGGCGAGGCGUGUCUGGCCCACGUCGAUGCUGCGGCCGCCGGUCUUGACAAGCAGGCUACCGAGGCUUUCAUCCUGCAGGCCAUCAAGGCCUCUGCAACGAAGGCGCUCGAGGCCCUGAAUAGGUUAGCUGAGAGGGAGGGCGUGUCACCUGAACCGUCAUCACCUAACUCUGCUGCUGCCACGCCGCUCGGCAAGGUGCUUCGCCAGCAAUCGAACCACCAGCAGGAGCAGGAGCAGCAGGAGCAGCAGGAGCAGCAGCCGUCUCAUGACGGGUUCCGGGAUGACCCUACCAUGUCGGAUCUCAUCUCGGACCCCAUAUCUAUCGAUGUCAUGAAUGACUGGAUGUGGGGUAUGGACGCCAUGGAUGGAGUGGAAGGUAUGCUCUGGGGAUCGCCGCCGCAGCCAAUGAUGGGCAUACCCGGGUUCAUGUAG